GGUGACUUUAGAAAUAGUCACAGAACUCAAGAGAGUCUAUUUUAUUACAACAAACAAACAAAAAAGUCUUUGUUAGCUUUUUUCAAUAAUCUUCCAGACGCAGACGAAUUUUGAUACAGAGGCAACGAUAUGGCGCAAAAAAAAGACGAUGAACCUAGCGUCGUCGAAAGCGGCGGAGAGAUCAUCAUCUCCGGGACGUCACCGUUCGAUUCAUUGCCGGUGGAUUGCAUCUCCAAAAUAAUCUCCUUCACGAGUCCACGAGACGCCUGCGUCGCCGCUUCGGUUUCGAAAACCUUUGAAUCGGCGGUCAAAUCCGAUAGUGUUUGGGAGAAGUUUCUUCCGUCGGAAUAUUCAUCUCUGAUUCCUGCAUCGCGAGUUUUCUCGUCGAAGAAGGAGAUUUAUUUUUCUCUCUGCAAUGAUCAUCGUCUAAUCGAAGAAGGCAAAAAGAGCUUCUGGUUAGAGAAAGCGAGUGGGAAAAGAUGUAUAAUGUUAUCUUCCAAGGAAGUGUGGAUCACAUGGGGAAGUAGUCCUCAGUAUUGGCAAUGGAUCUCAAUUCCUGAAUCUAGAUUUGAUAAAAUAGCAGAGCUUCUAAAUGUGUGUUGGUUUGAGAUUCGUGCCGGGAUGCAUACUCGUUACCUAUCUCCUGGAACUCGUUACUCGGUUUACAUUGUGUUCAAGACUGAGGAUGGAUGUCCUGGAUUGGGGGAUAUACCAGUGGAAGUUGGAGUUGGAUUGGUUGGACAAGAGUCUUCUCAGAAGCUGAUAUACUUUGUUGGACCUAGUGAUCGAAGGAGGGACAGAGAAGUGAGAGAUGUGACAAAACCAAAGGAGAGGGUAGAUGGGUGGAUGGAAGCUGAGCUUGGUGAAUUCUUCAAUGAGUCAUGUUGUGAUGAUAUUUCUGUAAGUGUUGUUGAGACUAAGUCUCCUUAUUGGAAACGUGGUUUGAUCAUUCAAGGUAUUGAAUUCCGCCCCGCAAAAAGCUCGUAAAAAAAUUUAUAUCCGGUUGCCUGUGAUGGAAUGGUUUAUGCUUGUUUGCUUCAGUUUCAUGUCUAAGCAAGUGGAAAAGCUUUGUUGUAUUGUAAUGUUUUCGAAUCUCAUAAUUUUUUUGGGUUGUAAUGUUUGUAUUGUUUGAUUUUGGUGUUCAUCAUUUUGACAUGAACAAAUUUCAAUA